UGCUAAUAAAUUCAUUCAAAAAUAUCACUUUUUAUUUUUUCCUGAAAGGUUUUCGAAGCACGAAAAGUUACAAUGAAGUAUAAAUCCUGACAUUGCUAAACUAAAAUGUUUCCCCAUUAACGUCAAACUGGUAUUAGGAAAUCCGGCGUGCAAAUCAGGCGCAGACUUGCAUGACUAACUAAUUGUCCUCUACGAGUUGCAUUGCAUCGACUCAUUUUUAUCUUUCAUUUACGAUAAGACCUCACAUGACGUAUUUUACGCCUGACAACUGAAUUAUGCCGUUGUCACUACCCAUUCCGCGUGAUGAUUUGAUAAAACUUACCAAUUUGCAUUCGUGUCUUACAACAAUAAAUGACGGAUAACCCCAACUUUGUUGGGGUUGUCCCCAACCAAAGUUGCUUUACCGUUGCUCCUUAUUAUUGCUGAUCACGUGCAAUUUAUAAUUAUUACCUUACGUCAAAUCCAGACCAAGUCAACUAAAUGAUUCUCUCUACACCCGUGACAUGGUUAUCUCAUGCUGGCCUUAGAAAUAUUUAUGUGGAUAUGUAUGCAUAAAAAACGAACUGAUUCCCGUCGUCGUCAGAUCCCAUGACUAUGUUGUAAACGAAUUUAUACUUGUACGUUCAGGUUCAAUGUCAAUCUUUCAGGCUUAUCAUGUUACGGGAUUAGUUUACUUUGGAAAAGUUUCAUAUAUAUAGUGAGGAGAACUAGUCACAAAUUAUACAAAUUCUACUAAUCAUAGUAAUUAUAAUACAUUACUUAAGGAUUUCCGAAAAUUAUUAACAAUUUUCUAAUCGCUCAUAAUCUCAUCUUUCAAUUCGAAAUGGCAUCCCAAACUAAACACCUGGUUGAAAUUACUCCCGAACAAAUCCAAGAAUUUAAAAACCUUGCCAAGGAGCAAGAAAAAACUUUCCUCUCGGAGGACGCCAUAGUCGAUACCGUCGAGCAUGUCGACGUUUCCCACUUGUACCAGAGAAUAGAAGUUAAAGGGGUCAGCAUCAACUACGUGAAAGUUGGAACUGGGGAAAAACCAGUUUUGCUAAUGUGCGGAAGUGUUGGAUCUCUUGCUUCGGAUUUUGGACCCAUCUUACAAAAGUUCAACUUGGACAAGUUCACCGUUGUUGCGUGGGAUUAUCCAGGUGCUGGUAAGAGCAUUCCACCUGAAAGAGAUUUCUCUUCGAAAGAGUCCUUCCUCCAUGGUGACAUUGAAUUUGCAAAAAUUCUUAUGCAGAAACUUGGGUACCCAAAAUUUUCCAUUCUUGGCUGGUGUGGUGGUGGUACGGAAGCUUUAAUGAUGGCAGGAAAGUACCCGGAAGUAAUCGAAUCUUUAAUUUCCAUCAAUUCGAAGGCAUUCUUUGGACACGAAGACAUGGCCUUUUAUAAUCUCAUGUCGGAUAUUAGCAACUGGUCCGAACUGGCACGCAGUUCCAUGGUCAAAGUUUACGGGGAGGAAUAUUUCUUCAAAUGCUGGAUGUCACUGAUAACUCUGUACAAACGGAUUUAUGACGAGGAGGAAGGCAACUUGUGCACGGAGUUCUUGUCUAAAAUCAAGUGUCCGACCUUACUCGUGCAUGGACAACUUGACCCCGUCGCCCCAGUGCGACACGUCCACUUUAUUAAGGAGAGGAUUCCGCAUGCAAAGGUGCACAUCAUGGAGAAAGGGAAACACAAUUUGCACCUUCGCUAUCCCGAAGAGUUUUUGGCUAUCGUGGAGCAAUUUUUAUUGGAGUUAUCAUAACUGUAAUCUUACGUUCACUUGAUGUGUCUGACAUGACGAAUAAAAUUGAUUUUCCUGCUUGUAUUAUUUGGUCACAAUUUACAUGGUAUUAUUUUAUAAGUGGAUUUGCUAAAUUGUCAUUCUAUGUAUUUACUAUUUGUUUAUCUUCUACCCGGUACCCUGUACAUAUGUAAAUCAAAUAAAUUCAAUAGAUUAAAUAAAUGGCAAAA